CCGUGGACGCACAUUAGCCCGGACCCGGUCGACCUUCUAGGCUGCUGACAAGGCACUGGGGCGAAUUAUUACCUGCAACAUAUAUAUUUUAGCUUUCCUUAAUGCAACUAAUUGCGGGAUGAAAUAAUAGCCUAGGCUAUAGAGCUUUAGGGAUGGGGGAAGGUUGGGGUGCGAUUACAAUAAUGGACUAAGUUGGAACGUUAUUUUUUGUGUGACUUCAGUGCGUCAGAUAUCAGUGGACGAAGAAUGAGUAGCUUAUGGAAAUGAGGGGAAUUGCACAUUCUGAUCAUCGCUCAAAGCCAGAUAAGAAAACCAUUUCGUAAUCGUCAAUUUGAGAAGCCCAGUUGUAGGACCCAAUCCAAAUGCCUAAUUCUUUAAAUCCACACACUGAUUAAGCAGCCUAAACCACUAAACCAUAUAUUGCCGAAAAGCUUUGGCGCCGUUGAUUUGGAUUUUUUUUUUACAGGCGAAUAGAAAAAUAGGCUAACGGUCUGACGACAAAUGAACUUGACGGUCUGGCCAUGGAUUGCGCAAGGACUUAGGAAAAUGAGUAUGUUAAAGGCCCUUGCUGGAAUAUGCCUCCUCCAUGUCACCGCAAUUGUGUUCCUCUUCAUCGCUGUCAUUGACGAUGCAUGGUGGUUCACGGACAGCCUGUACUCAGACAUAUGGGGGCGCUGGGUGAUGGAGCACAAUGAUGAGGUGUGGGUCUACACAGACCUGCCCAGCUCCUACCGGAGAGACUACCUGGGUGCGGUCCAGGCAUUCGCAGUGCUGGCCUGCAUGUUCUUGGUCUUCUCCCUGUUUGCCUUCAUCUACCAGAUCUUCAUGCUGGGCAAAGGCGAGAGGUUCACACUCACAGGGGUACUUCAGCUCUUCGCCUGUUUCUGUCUGAUGGUGUGCCUGUCGGUGUACACGGACCACUUCCACCAGGGGGAGAAGGACGGCUGGUAUGGCUACUCGUACGUCCUGGCCUGGCUGGCCUGGCUACUCGCUCUGCUCACCGGCGCACUGUACAUCGUAGUGAGGAAGAACAUCGAGUAGGAAGAAGAAACACACACACACACACACAGAGACACACACACACACACACACACACACACACACACACACACACACACACACACAAACAGUCAUCCAGAGGCAGCUGACACUGGCACAGAGCAGCAGGAUCAGAUCUGGAACAUCAGUGUAGAACAACAUCCACACCACAUCUGGGCCAAAUCGAUGCCAGAUCCGGGUCAGGCCAAAUCAUGAGUGUUCCAGCGUCAGCUGCCUUCUGGGUAAUGGAGGAAGGAGGGGUGGGGUGCUGGGACUCCUUGGCAGUGCUUCUCAGUCAGGCUCUCAAGGCCAAAAGUACACUUGUGGGGAUAUGGUCCAGAAUGCAGGGUGCGGAUAACAGACGUUUGCGUUAGUAUCUAUCUAUCUAUCUAUCUGUCUGUCUGUCUAUCUAUCUUUCUAUCUGUCUAUCUUUCUAUCUAUCUAUCUAUCUGUCUAUCUAUCUAUCUUUCUAUCUAUCUAUCUAUCUUUCUAUAUAUCUAUCUGUCUAUCUUUCUAUCUAUCUGUCUAUCUAUCUAUCUAUCUUUUCUAUCUAUCUAUCGAUCUAUCGAUCUAUCUAUCCGCACUGUCUAUCUGGACUUCCCCUGCUGAGCCAAAAUAAUGUGGGAGUCUGACUCUCACCUUCUCUGUCCUGCUUAGAUGAUCGAACAGCUGGGGUUUCCAUCAGUAUAUCUCCCUCCACUCUUUCCAUCUCCCUCCUUCUCUCUCUCUCCCUCCUCUCUCUCUAUGUCAGCUCUCCAGAUGCACCACCUCAGAUGUGCUGUGUUGUAGCUCAAAUGUCUCAAAUUUGCUCUUCUUGAACACUAUGUUCUUUGU